UUUUUUGUUUUGAGACAGGGUUUCCCUGUGUAACAAGCCCUGGCUGUCCUGGACUCAACUUGUAGACCAGGCUGGCCUCUAACUUAUAGAAAUCUGCCUGCCUCUGCUUCCCAAGUUCUGGGAUUAAAAGCAUGCACCACCACACCCACAUGUCUUCAUUCUUCUGUGUAGGAAUAGAAUCUAUGGCUCAUAAGGUAGCUCUUAUCUUUAGUCUUUGGAGGAAUUGCCAAGCUGUGUUCCCAUGGAGUGUAUCAGGGUUCCAGUUUAUCAAGCCUUCACCAAUAUUGUUUACUAACUUGAAGUGAUGUCUCAUUGUGUAUGUGUUAUGUUUUAUUUUGUUGCAGUGCAGGAGACCAAACCCAGGACCUUACAGAUAUAGACAAGUAUUGUAACACUGAGCUACACCCCCAGUCUCUUAACUGGUUCUGAGUUCCAAUUUCCUAAUAACUAGUGAUACCGGCCAUUAUUUCUUCCUCUUCCUCCUGUGUGUAUGUGUGGUUUUGAGACAGGGUCUCAUGUGUUGGACAAUACUUUUGUUUUGUCUUAUUUUUUUUAAAGACAGAAUUUCUCUAUGUAGCCCUGGCUGUUCUUGAACUUCAGGCUGGCCUGAGACUCAGAUCUGCCUGCUGCUGCCUCCUGAGUGCUGGGAUUGAAGGCAUGCACCACCACACUUGGCUAUGUUGGGCAUAUUUUCAUGUGUAACAAGAUGAGCUUCUAAAAUAUCAAUCUUAUCUUAACUAUGCUUGUUCUUAAAGCCUUUCCAGAUCUUCAUCAUUGUUUCUGGAAUAAGAAUCCCAGCUUCUUUGACAUAGUCUCUGGCAGUCUCUGUAGCCUGCUCUCCUUUCUCCCCUACCCCUCACGUCUAAUAGUUCAUGUAUCCCUCUUGAUCUCACCAGUGGCUUUCCAGACAGCACAAUGUGUGCCUUCAGGUCCCGUCACUGUUCUGCCUUCUUUAUUUCUCUUAUGAUCAAGAUUUUAAGAGACAGUUGUCAACUUUGGUUUCCUUGUGUGUGUGCCCCAGUAUUGCCGUAAAGGAAUCUUAGCUGGCUCCAGGAUUAGAUCAUAAGUCAAUACCCAAGGUAAAAAUUGAGUAAUCAAAACACUCUUGGAAAUCCCAAGGCGGGUGCCACAUUGAAGACUAGCAUCCUGAGGUCCUUGCAGUCAGUUCUUGCCUUUGUGGGAAGGGAUCACUGUUUCUUGCUUGAGUACUAGGUGAAGUAGUUGGUCUGCAAUUUAGGACCAUGUCAUACAGAUGGCUCCUUAUUGUUGUGUCAGAACACACUUGGUAAGGUCACUUUUAAGAAGUGUAGGAACUUGGGCCACAGGAGCAGCAGAAGGACAAAGGAUGUGCAGCUUGUCUGGGCUUGCUGAUAGGAGGACAGAGAUAGUGUCUCUCCGUCACCUUGCAACUGGCUUUUUUUUUUUUUUAAACUUUUCAGACAGUGCUUCCUGUUUCAUCCUAUGACUCGUAAAAUGCAAACCACAUGCCCUGAGCCCAGCACACCUCCCUGUCCUCUUACUUCCUAUUCCUGGUUAAUACGUUUGCUAGCUUGUAAGCUCGUGAGAGCAGGGACCACGUCUGGCCUGUGCAUGGGGCUUGCUCCACGCUCACUGCCAUUGUGACCCAGCAGGUCCUCUGUGAACGUCUGUUAGACGGUAAGCCCCCAGGCAGAUGAGCCGCUCCACUCCGAGGCCCCGGGCCUCUCACAGGGCAGGCCUCAGUUUUCUGCCACGUAUAUGCAGUGCCUUCUUUUCAUGUUUUGUUGUUGUUUUUCCUUCCAGCCUGUGAGCUCCUAGGGAGCAGGUGUCUUCAUGUUUUCUCUAUAUCAUUGAACCAGGCCAGCCCCGUGUAAGUAGUGCUUCAGAAGUAUUUGCGAAGUGAAUGAAUUGUGACAGCUCAGCUCGCACCCCAUUCUGCGCAGGCCUUUUUAUUCUAGCUGAGCUUACCAGAGCAAAUGGAAAAGAGUAUUCAUUGUCACAUACCCUUUGUACGGGAAGGAACAGUUCUCGUUAAGCAGGUCUCAGACAGCGUCAGAUGUUCAUGAUCUGCCUAACAUCUAAGCUGGAGCUCAUACAGCUCUAGAAAUGUCGCUGGGAAAUCAUUUUGUUUUCAAGCUCAAGGACAGUUUUAUUAGGGUUUAAAAGAAAAAUACUAGGCAAGUAGUAAAUCUCAGCAGAUGUCGAGAAGGAAACAAAAGGCCACACUGCCUGAGUUAAACUGACGUGGACCCCAGCCAUGUCGUGUCCAGGAGGGGGUUUAGAGAAGGAAUAAGAAAGCCCAUAGGACCAGGAAGAGCAUGCCUGGGUCUGACCAGCAUCUAAAAGAAAAAAGGGUUAGAGUCCCUGAACUGUGGUCCCACAAAGUAGCGAGCUUGGGACCUGACCCCACCCAGGUCCAGCACAAGAGCAGGGGCUGCUCUUAGCCUCAGCCACCUCCCCUGCCCUGACACUCCUUUUUUAGACUAGAGUUCAUUUGCCCCAAGAUAGGAAGAAAGAAGGCUGGCUGAUAAGGGAGAGGCCCCAAAGCGGGAACACUAAACGGCUUCUUAGCCCCUGGUCCUGUUAAGAUAAGUGACUGCAACCCAGAACAGGAGACAGGAAGUAACUACUCGCCAGCAGCUGAUGUUCUACCUGAAGCAUCAUUCCUUCUGCUACCAAAGUGGGGGUGAACUGCUAGUGUGCACUUUGGGUGAGCAACGCUAAGUUGCUUUAGCUGCUGCACAGGCCUGAAGCCCCUGGAAGCCUUCAAUGUGGAUGUGGACUGGGCCUGGACCACAGCAGUCCAGCCAGGCACACCUUCUGUUCUCAGCUCCCUUCUGCAUCAAGACCCCAGCAACAACCAGACCUGCCUCUUGGUAGCGAGACACAGCUCCAACAGGAGAACAGCGGCCCUGCAUCGAUGCGCUAUGUCCGUCAUUCCAGAAGGAAUUGCUUGCCAGCCAGUGGAGCACAUCCGUAUGCCAAAGGGCAGGUACCAGGGAGUGACACUGGUCGGGAACCACAACGGUGUUUUGGUGUGCAUCCAGGUACAGGCCCGGAAGCCCCACAGCCUCAACUCAGAGCUCACGGGUGCCUGCAGCCUACUGACCCCCAGCUUGGACCUCCAGGCCCAAGCCUACUUCUCUGACCUUGAAGGAUUCCUGGAUCCAGGCGCACAUGUGGACUCUGGUGACUAUUACAGACGCAAAGGAGGCAGCACAGGGGAGGAUAAGAAAUUAUCCAGGAGACGCCGGACGGUGGAGGAGAAAGACGAGGAGGAAGAGGAGGAGGAAGCUGGCACUGAGAUCGCUAUUGUUCUGGACGGCUCCGGAAGCAUUGAACCUUCAGACUUCCAGAAGGCCAAAAAUUUCAUCUCUAACAUGAUGAGGAACUUCUAUGAGAAGUGUUUUGAGUGCAGCUUUGCCCUGGUGCAGUACGGGGGCGUGAUCCAGACUGAGUUCGAUCUUCAAGAGAGCCGGGACAUUAACGCCUCGCUUGCCAAAGUUCAGAGCAUCGUUCAAGUGAAGAGUGUCACGAAGACUGCCUCAGCCAUGCAGCAUGUCCUAGACAAUAUCUUCAUUCCAAGCCGUGGCUCCAGAAAGACAGCACUGAAGGUCAUGGUGGUGCUGACUGAUGGUGACAUAUUUCAGGACCCUCUCAACCUUACGACUGUCAUCGAGUCCUCAAAGAUGCAGGGGGUUGCGCGCUUUGCCAUUGGGGUGGGCAGCGCGUUCGAGAACAAUAAGGCUUACAGAGAACUGAAGCUGAUUGCUUCAGAGCCCAAAGAGGCCCACACUUUCAAGGUGACUGACUACUCGGCUCUGGACGGGCUGCUGAGCAAGCUUCAGCAGAGCAUCAUCCACAUGGAAGGCACAGUUGGAGACGCCCUUCAAUAUCAACUGGCACAGACUGGCUUCAGUGCCCAGAUCCUGGACAAGGGGCAGGUGUUGCUUGGCACUGUGGGGGCCUUUAACUGGUCUGGGGGCGCACUGCUCUACAACACCCAGAAUAGUCGGGGCCGCUUCCUAAACCAGACAACCAAGGAGGACUCCGGGGCUGCACAGUACAGCUACCUCGGUUAUUCGGUGGCGGUGCUACGCAAGGCCCAUGGCGUCUCCUAUGUGGCAGGGGCUCCAAGGCACCAGCUCCGUGGGGCUGUGUUCGAGCUCCAGAAGGAGGACAGAGAGGAUACCUUUGUGCGGCGGAUAGGAGGAGAGCAGAUGGGGUCCUACUUCGGCUCUGCGCUGUGCCCUGUGGAUAUUAACAUGGAUGGGACCACAGACUUUCUGCUGGUGGCUGCUCCAUUUUACCACAUCCGUGGAGAAGAAGGCAGAGUCUAUGUGUACCACGUGCACGAGCAGGAUGCUUCCUUCUCCUUGGCACACACACUGAGUGGGCACCCCGGGCUCACCAAUGGCCGCUUUGGCUUUGCCAUGGCCGCUGUGGGGGAUAUCAAUCAAGACAAAUUCACAGAUGUGGCCAUCGGGGCCCCUCUGGAGGGUUUUGGGGCAGGCGAUGGGGCCAGCUACGGCAGCGUGUACAUCUUCAACGGACACUCGAAUGGCCUGCAUGCCAGUCCUUCCCAGCAGAUCAGAGCCUCCUCUGUGGCCUCGGGGCUCCACUACUUCGGCAUGUCUGUGUCCGGUGGUGUAGAUUUCGAUGGUGACGGCCUUGCGGACAUCACUGUUGGCUCUCGGGAUGUGGCGGUGGUGCUCCGCUCACGACCUGUGGUUGACCUGACCGUAUCUAUGACCUUUACCCCCGAUGCGCUGCCCAUGGUCUUCACUGACAAGAUGGAUGUAGAACUGUGUUUUGAAGUUGUCUCUUCAGGUGUAGCUUCUGAGCUAGGCCUUAGGGAGAUGUCACUCAACUUUACGGUGGAUGUGGAUGUGACCAAGCAGAGGCAGAGGCUUCAGUGUGCAGACUCGAGCAGUUGUCAGAGCUGCCUCAGGAAGUGGAGCGGAGGGUCCUCUUUGUGUGAACACUUCUGGCUCGUCUCCACAGAGGAGGAGCUUUGUGAGGAGGACUGCUUCUCCAACAUCACCAUCAAGGUCAGCUACGAGUUCCAGACGUCUCGGGGAAGGAGGGACCACCCCAAUCCCAUCCUGGACCACUACAAGGAACCCUCUGCCAUCUUCCAGCUGCCCUAUGAGAAGGACUGCAAGAACAAAGUGUUGUGCAUCGCUGAGGUCCAGCUGACCACCGCCAUCUCUCAGCAGGAACUGGUGGUGGGUGUCACAAAGGAGGUGACCAUGAACAUCAGCCUGACUAACUCUGGGGAAGAUUCCUACAUGACAAACAUGGCUCUGAAUUAUCCCAGAAACUUACAGUUUAAGAAGAUAGAAAAGCCACUGUCUCCAGAUAUUCAGUGUGAGGACCCCAAGCCAGUUGCUUCUGUCCUGGUCAUGAAUUGCAAGAUUGGUCACCCCAUACUCAAGAGAUCAUCUGUAAAUGUCUCAGUAACUUGGCAGCUAGAGGAGAGUGUCUUUCCAAAUAGGACAGCAGAUAUCACUGUGACCAUCUCCAAUUCCGAUGAUAAGUCUCUGGCCAGACAGACCCACAGCCUUCAGUUCAGACAUGCCUUCAUUGCAGUUCUUCCCAGACCAUCAGUGAUGUACAUGAACACAAGCCAAAGCCCUUCUGACCGCAAAGAGUUCUUCUUCAAUGUGCAUGGAGAGAAUCUCUUUGGAGCUGUUUUCCAGUUGCAAAUUUGUGUCCCCAUCAAAUUGCGAGAUUUCCAGAUUAUAAGAGUGGAGCAUCUGACAAAGACUCAGGCCCACACUGAGUGCACCCAGAGUCAAGAGCCCACGUGUGGAAGCGAUCCUGUUCAGCAUGUAGACGAAUGGCAUUCAGUGAUCUGCGUUAUCACAUCUAGUAAAGAAAAUGUAACCGUGGCUGCAGAGAUCUCCGUGGGCCACACUAAGCAGUUACUAAGAGAUGUAACUGAACUGCAGAUCCUUGGUGAAAUAUCUUUCAACAAAUCUCUCUAUGAGGGGCUGGAUACAGAGAGACACAAGACGAAGAUCACUGUCAUCUUCCUGAAAGAGGAGGAGACGCGAUCUCUGCUCCUCAUCCUUUGCAGCAGUAUCGGAGGCCUCCUGCUCUUGGCUGUGAUUAUAGCCAUUUUGUUCAAGUGUGGCUUUUUCAAAAGAAAGUAUCAACAGCUGAACCUGGAGAGCACAAGGAGGGCCCAGCUGAAGGCUGACAGUCUGCUCCAGGAUUAGCCGGUUUCCUCACCGGAAGGAGGGAGCAUGUGCCAGUCCUGAAGCCCGGAUGCCCGUCAGGCUCCUUACUCGCCUUAGGAUGCUCAUAGCCACACAUUAUCCUUCAGAGUCUGUGAAUUGUGCUAUUAAAUAAAUUUACCUUGAUAGAAA